CCCCUUCCUACCUUUUGGGAGAGAUUUCCGCCCCUGAUGACUAGGAUGAUUGGUCAAAUAUGAGACCAUUUCACUUGAUAUGUGGUUCAUUUUCAGUAUUGGCGAGAUGAAUACUUUACGUGGGAUCCAGCAGAACAAGAAGGCGUUGAUUUUCUCUUCGUGCCGACGGACAAGAUUUGGACUUUCGAUCUAACCCUUUAUUCAUCAGUCAGCAAAUCACUAAUUGAGAUGGAUCAUCAUGUGGCCAAAGUAACAUCAGACGGCAUGGUCGAAUGGUUUAGUUCUGCAGUCCUACAUUCCACCUGUUUGGUGCGCCCUCAGUAUUUUCCUUUCGACAAGCAAUACUGUAAAGUGAUCUUAGCUUCUUGGGCUUACGACACUAGCUUGGUUACCAUCAAGGAUUCAUCGCCAGAAGGUCCUAUUUUACUUCAACAUUUUAUGUCAAAUGGCGUGUGGGACCUGCCGAGUAUCGAAAAGGAACAAGUUCUAAAGAACUGGACAUGCUGCACCAAUCCAUAUUCAGAGAUACAUUAUCUACUAAUUUUCAAGCGCCAGCCUGCAUACUACGUAAUCACCCUAAUCGUACCUGGUAGUGUUUUGUCUAUGGUCUCUCUUCUCGUCUUCUUUAUGCCUCCGGAUUCUGAAGAGAAAGUGGCCCUAGCCUCUAGCAACCUCCUGGCCAUGCUACUGUUUCAGGAACUCGUGUCGACCUCGAUGCCUCCUAUAGGCGAUCAGUUCCCACUCAUAGGAUCCUUUUUCGUCGCUUCGAUUGUUGUCAGCACAUUUUCCAUCUUGGCAUCUCUUUUCAUCAUGCACCUGCACAACAAAGACAACCGACCAGUCCCCAUGUGGCUUCAGAAGCUCACCGGUUCUCAUUACCCUAAACCGGUUCAAUCCAGACCGACCUGGGUAAAUCAGCGCCUCUCCGGUCUUAUCUGCACCGUUUCAAAGGCGGUUUACCCAAUCGGUCAUCGUCAGGAAACAUUUCUUGAAGAAAGUGCGGACAUCGGUGAUGGCCAGAAGCCGCUGAAAAAUGAGAAUACCGACAACAAAAGUUCUCGCCAACUGGAAACGAAGGAUGAGACCCAGUGGAAAAAGGUGGCCCUGGAAGUGAACCGGGCAAUAGCAUUUCUCUUGACCAUAUUAGUCGCGUUAUCAGCACUGGUGAUAAUAUUCAAGUACAUCGUUCAAGAGGAAGAAGACUUCUUAGACAGAAUCUAGAUGAAGUAUGGAGCCCUCAGCUCCAGAUUCAUGCCGGAAUCGUGAAAUUGCCCUUUGAUCAAACAAGAUACUCAAUAUCAAUAAUAUACUAUGCAGUGUUGCAUUCUCAUCACAAAUGUUUGUUAAACCGAUCCACUGAUUUUUAAAGAAAUCAAUUUUCCUUAUAACAAAGUAAAUACUCUGAGCAGAUAAGUAGACUAUCGAUAUUUGGUCAACUCUAAAAGGGGUUGCCUUUUAAAGAAUUCAUCAGACAGUGAAUUCUCGUGACAUAGGCCUGUGUGCUUAAUAGUAGCAGUGUAAUAUUCUUUUCUUGCAAAAAUAUUAUAGCAUAAAUGUUACAAAGGGUAGCAGAACUGUAUUCCUUAUACUAUGAGAUGUUUGAAAUGUUGCAUCCUGAGACCCUGUAUAGAUUAGGUCUUGAGAUGAUGCCAUUCAGUGGUCAUUAAUGUUUUGAACUAAUUUUUGCCUUAUUUUCAUCUAAGCAGAUUUUAAAAUGUCAGAAAAUAAUAUCAUAGGUGAAACAUUGAAAAUUGAGAUUUAUCCCUGAUGUGAUUCAAUCUUCUGUCAAGGAACAAAUAAGGCGAAAAAUAAUUUCAGCCCUCAUUUUGAAUUGACAGAGCAGUGUAUUAAUCACAUGACUUCUGAUGAUCUUCUAGGGUCACAUAUGCGAUUUCACUCUUAAUUCAUGUGCAGAAAAAAGGAAGUGCCCCACCACUUGAGUGACUUACAUUUACAAAAUGGAGAAUGGAUGUCAGACUUAUUAAAAUGUUGAAUAUUUUUUAUCUACAUGUCUCAUUUUGGUCGUAUUUAGUUGUUAUGUAGGGGAAG